ACACACACAGCGCGGCGUAGUGUCGCAGGAAAUGAUGGCAAUGCGUGAGAACUCGUCGGACCGCGCCGUCGACGGGUGAAUGUCGCACGCGCGAUCGUCCCGGAUGCCUCCUCCCGGGGAAACGCGUACCGCCACUCAACUCAAAGUGCCAUUUCGUCAUAUCCAGUAAAUAUUAAUCAUAGUAAGACGCUUGUAACGGACGCGUACGCACUCACCAGGCAGCGCGGGCGUUUUAUGUACAUACACUUAUAUACAACUCGGUCACGACUUGGUGAACGACGUGUGAGACUGACGACAACGACGGCUUCCUCGAUGCCGAUAAGCGACCGCAGUUUCAACGUGUUAGGUGUGCUAGCUGUGGAAUCGAUGUGUCGUGCGAGUCGCUGUUUGGAAGCUUCGUCGAACGACGGUCGUUGGAACGAUCGUCGUGGAAUGAUGCCUUGACAAGAGCCGCCGUGUAUCGCUCGACGGUGGUGCUGUGUCCAGGAAUGACAGAACUUCGACGCUGUAGAGGCUCAAGAUUAUCUCUGUGACGGAAAUUCAGUGAUUACACAUCAUACCAUUGUACUCGGAGCUGUUUUUCAAGCAACAGGAGAGUGAUUUGUUUUGAAGACAACAAAUCACAGAAGAAACGUGCAACACAAGUCAAGUGAAAAACACAACAUGCCGGGUGGUAGUGUGAUAGAAGAAGACCUUCUGGGUCCAGAAUGGCUGUUUAAAGAACUCAGAUCGCAAGAGGGUCCCAGUAAGCUCCUUAUCUUAGACUGCAGAGCACACUCUGACUUUUCUGAUGCUCACAUCAGAGGUUCUGUACCUCUAGCCAUACCCAGCAUUAUGCUGCGCAGAUUGGCUGCUGGUAAGGUGGACCUUUUGUCCACGAUAAGGUGUUUAGAUCUGAGAAACAGAGUGGAAGUGUUUCUGUGUGGAGAUGAAGGCAGCAGAGGAACAUUUGUAUUAAUUGGUGAUUCUUCAGAUCCUGCAGGCCAUCAGGGUGAAACUAUACAAGUUUUGAGUCGGAGACUUAGAAGCAGCGGAGGCAAUGUUGCUAUCUUAAUCGGUGGUUUUGGAACAUUCAGAGAUAGAUAUCCAGAAUGGUGUGAAGGUUGUCAAGCAAGUAGUGAAUGUGCCCCAGGUCAGGACAAUAAUGAUGGCGAAUUAAUGGGCCUUAGAUCCCUUCGAAUAUCCACUCCACCAACUAGGUCCUAUUCGGAUUCUGAUAGUGACAGCACGUGCGAUUCAGUCGGUCCCGAGGAAGAUAAAGACUUUCCGGUGGAGAUUUUACCUCAUUUGUAUCUCGGUAAUGCAGCUAAUAGCGAGGAUCGCGAGGCUUUAGCGCGGCACAGGAUACAAUAUAUACUCAAUGUGACACCGGAUUUGCCAAAUGUAUUUGAAAGUGCUGGUUCGAUAAAGUACAUGCAGAUACCAAUAAGCGAUCAUUGGAGUCAAAAUUUAGCUAGUUUCUUCCCGCAGGCGAUUCAAUUUAUAGAGGAAGCGCGAAGCUCAGACAAAGGAGUGCUGGUUCACUGUCUGGCCGGGGUGUCUCGUUCCGUCACGAUCACCGUGGCUUACCUCAUGCACAAGUGCAGUCUCAGCCUGAAUGACGCUUUUAACCUAGUGCGUAGUAGAAAAUCUAACGUUGCCCCGAAUUUCCACUUCAUGGAGCAGUUGCAUAGCUUUGAACGAGAGUUGAGGGACCGCGGAGACCGGCACAAAGGCAACGACCAAAGGUGCAUCGGAUCCUGCCGACCAGACGGACCCUGCAACUGUCCGGCGCCUAGCUUCCUCAGCCCAAUUGACCUGGGACUCAGUCCCGACUCGGGAAUAGAGUUCGAUAGGUGGGCAUCGAGCACACCAGCCGAAUGAGACGGGCCUGGGGGGACCCAAUACAAGUUUUAGGUCCCUCCGCACACGCGUCGCACUUUAGGGAAGCCCUAAUUGAAGGGUGGGAUAAAAACGCGCUUUACAUAACUGGUACGUAAGAGAGACAAGCAUCGAAGAACCCCGCCUCCCCCACUCCUGUCCUCUUCCGAUGUAUUUUCAAAUUAGGAUAUUAGACACGUUCAGUGAAUACCAAGGAGAAAUAGUAGCUCUUAGAGGCAUCCAAAGUUAGUUAACUGCGCUGGCACUUCUCUUUCGUGAUUUCUAGUUUCUUCCUGUCGAACCUCCCAUUCCCGACGCGGCCGUAUUGGUGGCUACGUUAUUGCAAAUGCGCGAAUUACAAACGGUUACUUAAAUUCUCGCUGAGUUGUGUGCCGAUUAAAGAUCAACUUCUAAAAAAUGCGCGUGUGCACCGGGCGAUACGUACUCGAUACUCGACGGAGAAUUUCUAAAUCAUUUCUAUGAGAUUGAACGAAUUCUAGUGUACAUUAUGUGAUUAGUUGCUUGAUGUAAAUGUAACGAAACCAAGUGUGCGGAUACCAUCGUCAAAAUUUAGGGAUUAUUUAGAAAUGAGAAGAUUAAUGUUCAGGAAAAAGAGGUAUAUAUACAUAUAUGCAUGUAUGUGUGUGUGUGUGUAUGUGUGUGUGUGUGUGCGUGUGUGUGUGUGUCGCCGCAAUUAGAGAAAAGAAAAAGAACCUGUCUCUUCGUUAGACAAUUAGCUUUUCAGCGUGCGCGUUGAAUAAUGCGCCGCGAAAUUCCAGCAGGGACGAAGCGUUUGUCCUGUUGAAAUUUUCCAUUACGAGGAUCUGGCGCGUUACGUUACGGCCGUCGCGAAUCACAGUAAAUAACGAUGCAGUCGUGUCACGUGUUAAGGAGAUAAUAGAUAUGACCGCUGAUUUGCUAAAAAGAAUAAAAAAGAAAAAACAGACGAAGCAAACGAUUCUCUUUUCUGAGUUGUGGCAGCAAUGGAUACUGAAAGUAUUUUAUAAACGAGAUCCCACACAACUUGUCAUCGCGUGCGACCAUGAUCGUGUAAUCGUAAUUGUACAUUCUGACGUUAUGCUUCCAAGUCAAGAAACCUUUUAGCGUGUACGAUAUAAACGGUAUUCGAGAUAUGUCGGAUCCAGCACUGUGUACUCGCGAGGUAUGAUGAGGGUGAAACGUGUACCGCCAUACCUCAAAAGAGAACAUAUAUAUAUAUAUAUAUACACAUACACACACAUACAUAUAUAUAUAUAUAUAUAUUUUAAUACUUCUUCCCCGAACCCCUUCAAUUAAUGAGGCUGUGUUUAUUUUACCGCAAGCGAUAUUUCAUGCGCGAAGUAAUCUCUAACGACGAGUUCCCACCAGGCAAUCACAAGUAGUCCAAGAUAAACAUCACUGCUUAGUAUGCUAAGUUCCGAGGUACAAAAUUAAGGGAGGUCCUAUACGCACAGGGGCGAAUUUAAGGUUUCAUUGGGCGGGCAGGCGUCGAGAAAACGGUUCCAAAAUUUCUCCUUUAUGAAGGAUCAACAGCUCGUUCAAUAGUACUGAUAUGAUUUUCCGACGGUACAUUCGUUGAUUUUGUGCGAAUGUUUUUUCUCGGAAAUCUUUUUCUGAAGAUCUUUAUAUACUAGACAAAGGUCAAAGUUCGUUUCGGCUGAUCCUUAAAUCCGCCCCUUGUCUUCUACUCAACUGGUAGUUUGUAAAGAGAUAAAAGGAAACUCGAACGGUAAUUUUCGAUGUAGUUUUUCGAACACACUGAAGUGACUUAUCUCGCAAAGGAUAAUCUUCAAUGCAUUCUGACCUUCGAGAUGCGCGAAAGGUAUAUGCACGUCGCCUCAGGUACAUAUGCCAGUAAACUUAAGUUUAAGAGAGAGCACUUUAGGAGAGAAUCAGUGCAUUUCUGUAGGGCAUUCCGAAUCUCUCCCGCUCACGAGAAGCCAGGCUCGUCAUCAGUAUAGCGGAGUUAGAGGAAACUUGUGUCCGAGCCACUCGGAAUGAUAGAUGAAGGCGUUAUUUUGCGAUUUUACUCGUCAAUUCGGAGAUGCGAGGCUUUAAAGAAGUCUGAACGAUUCAGGAGAAAAAUGCUUCGCGGCAUUCGCUGACACGUGCUAUAUGAACGCACUGUCUUGUUCGUAAGAAUGAUUUUCAAUGUCGCUAAAACACGUUAUUAGAAUCCUUGAUAAUUCUGUUUAAUAUUUGAUUAGUGUUCUUCGCGACAAAAUUUCUCUUUUGCACCGCACGUGCAAAUAAUUUCCGAUAAAAAUUAAUAGUAAGUUCGUUCGCGCGUUUCAAGCGGAUAUACAAAGGAAAUUUGUAUCACUAUUAAAGUAACGCCUUCAAAUAUCGUUAAUUGGUUUUGUUGUCAAUCAUUGCUACAUACAGAAAUCUGAAAGAUAAUGGUUCCUGCACCGUUACAUUUCUGCUGGCAUCAGAACAACAUUAGUCCUUCGGAUUUUUUAUAUAGACACUUUUCUACACGAGAACAUCGGGCCUGUGCAUUCGUAUGGAAACGCAUCUAGCUGUAUACUGCGUGACAAUUCGAGCGCUAAAUUGGAUUCUGAAUUGUACGAAUCAGCACUGUUUCUAUUAUCUUACAGAUCUCAGAUAUAUAUUGAAAGUUAUUUUUGUAAAGAAAAGAAGAAAUGCAUUCACAUUCCCAUAAACGAGAGCCAGAAUGGCCUGACACUGUAACUACCUUUCAUGUAAUACAUGUAUUGUUCAUUGAGCAUAAUUGAAGGUUAAUAUGAGUGUAUACAGUGAAUGUUAUUUUUCGUGUAAUAAUUAACUGCAAGAGUUACGGUAAUUGUAUAGCUCUUGGCUAUCACGGGAGUAAAUUGAUAUACAAGUAAGGAAAUAUAUAUUUGACGUUAAUGUAAUAACAAUAUUCUACUAUAUAUUACACUGUUGUCUGUUGUAUGUUUACUGGGCACCGACGCCCGAGAAAUUUAAUCAAAUAUUAUGUAUAUUGCAUAAAUUAUUAUUUUAUAUUCAUCGUUGUAUAUAUAUUUUAACUAAUUUUCAAUUAGAAAUACACACAACUUAUCUUACCUGAAA